CUUCGUUCCUGCUCUGCUCUCUGCUGUGUGUCAGCGGCGCCAUCUUCCGUCUCACCGCGAGCUGCGCAACAACAAAGACAAACAAACAUGGCGGCGUCCACGGAGCCCGCUCCUCUGAUAUUUAGCCCUUUUUCAGUCACCAGACUUAUUUAAAGAGAGACAAGUUGUGUCCGAAGUGUCUAAAAUAGGUGACAUGUCCAGGCUGGCUGUGGUGUGUGGAGGCUCCAGGGGCAUCGGCAGGGCCGUGUCCCGCCUGCUGGCACAGAGAGGCUGCAGGGUGGCUGUCGUGUCCAGGGGCCAAGAUGCUGCCCGCGCCACCGUGGCAUCUCUACACGGAGUUGACCACGUGGCUCUCAGCUGUGAUGUCUCUAAAGAGCUGGAGGUGCAGAAAACCUUUGCGAUGAUCCAGAAGACCUGUGGAAACAUCUCUUAUCUCGUGAACGCAGCCGGCAUCAACAGAGAUGCUCUGUUACUGAGGACCAAGCCGGAAGACAUGGUGGCUCUGCUUCACACCAACCUGCUGGGCACCAUGCUGACCUGCAGGGCAGCACUGCGCAGCAUGCUGCACACACAGGGAGCUGCCAUCGUCAAUAUAGGGUCUGUUGUGGGCCUGAAAGGAAACGCUGGUCAGUGCGUCUAUAGUGCCAGUAAAGCCGGUCUAGAAGGCUUCACACGCUCUUUGGCUAAAGAAGUCGGUUCACGCAAUAUCAGAGUGAACCUGCUGGCUCCAGGUUUCAUCCGCACCGACAUGACCGCAGAGCUGAAGGAAGAGGACGGGGUGCGCUCCAUCCCGCUGGGGAGGUUUGGUGAGCCGGAGGAGGUCGCCCAGGCUGCGCUCUUCCUUUUGGAGUCUCCCUACAUUACAGGACAGGUGCUGGUGGUGGAUGGAGGACUGCAGCCGGCCAUGUAGGGACUGGGGCCUUAUGACAGUGAGACAGGAGAAAGCCUCGCUCUGCCUUUGCCUGGAAGUUGUCUUGUUUAAGGCGUAGAAGCUGGAGACCGUUGAGGAAAUGACUCUAAAAGAAGAAAGGACAGUGAGCUCUCUGUGAGGAGCAUCAAACUGAUAAAAACGUGGAUAUUUACACCUUAAAAGGCUUCAUGGCUGAAGCUGAAUGUUGCUGAAUGUGUUUGAGUGUGGGAUUGGAUGGAGAGUAUUUGUUAUCAGCUGUUUUCGUAUCAAAUUUCUUGCAUAGAACAAACAAAAUCUUUGCACGAGCUCGGAACAAAACCGGUUACUUGUUGACAUGGGACACACAAACCCACAUCUUUCAGAAGAUCACCGUCCUAACCCAUCUUUUUGCUGAGUCACCCUGUCCAGCCACAUUAUGCGUGACCUGAUGUGUGUGUGUGUGUGUAUGACAAUCGUUCAUGACUAACGCUGCUGACUCCAGAGUGUCUGGCCCAGUCCGGACCUCCGUGCCCCGAGCUCCUAAAUUUGAUCAGUGGAUUGAACUCUCUUGGUCUUUUUUUUCCAUGACUGCAAAGCUCCCGCUCGUGUUUUGUUCCUCCACCUCCCCCGGGAGACCCCCUCGCAGCCAGCGGCACAUGUUUCCCCUCCACCAGCGGCCCCCUGAGCCCACCUCUGGAGGGGCCUGUCGAGGGGCCAGGCAUGUUAGGCCGCAGCUGGAGGAAAUUAGAGGUAGUGGUGGAGGUGGGAGGGGGGUAUUUUUAGCUCGGGGAAUGUUUUGAGUGUCUGGUUACAGCUCUGGACCUGAAGUGUGGAUGGAUGAGGUUGGAGGUGUCUGUAAUGCCCAGUGAUGAGAUAUGAAAUGCUGCGUUGCUGACAUUAAAACAUGCUGUUACCAUC